AUGUCUUCUCGAGAUGAUCAGAUUCCGACACUGAGUCGGGAGAACCGGUGGGCUAACGAAGAGGACGUUGGCUUGAGUCCGAAAGACCAAAGCCCCCCGCAUAGCCCCCCCGGAUAUCCAGCCAUAUCUUCGUUCCAAGAAGGCGUAAGCACGCAUUUAGAGAGAGGAGCGACAAGGCCUCCCCAUGCCCGACGAGCGCGUCCAGGCGCGCACUUCCAGGCACCGCCUACUUCGCCUCGCGCGCCGCUGGUGCACUGCAACACCCUGUUCAAAACGUCGACUGUUCAGGCACCCCUCCUUCUCGAGGAAGACAGAGGCCAAGAGGCGGCCAAAGGCGCAGGAGACGCAGUAGCAGUGCCUAGGACGAAGUCUACACCCGUGUCUGCAGACAGACGGGGCAUUACACCGCCGUCGAGCGCGUGUGAGGCUGCGGGGGUUCAACUGACACAAGCACCCUCAAGUCCUCAACCACAGGCGUCGACGACAUUCUCGGCGCCUUCAGACCGCGAGUCGCAGUGUGCAACGAGCUCCCCUAAGAAAGACAACCCUUCUCAGACCCCCCUAAGUUCACAGUUCGCCAGCGCGCAGCACAGCGGCAGCAGGCCCCCAGGACGGCUUGGCAUUCCCAACGCGCAAGGGGGCUUGUCCUUCUCCAGCGAGAAGCUGCUCUCUGCAGCUCCAUAUUUCAAGGCUUUCCAAGAGAUGGAGAAGGCCUUGGCGUCAACAACUCCCAAGAAACACAUUCCCAUGGGACCCCGGCAUAUAAGCGUAGCGAUGCAGGGGGCCCCCCCCGUUAAGGUCUUCUGCGGGACGUGGAACUGUCAAUAUCAGGAAUUCCCAGUAAACUUCUUGACAAACCAGAAAACUGCAGUUUGCGUACAGAGGAUUUCGGGGAGCCAGAAAUUCGCGGGCGGUUCGGAAACUCCUUCCCCUUUAAGUGGGGAAGUAUCGCCCUCUUCAGUGAUAGCCGAGUGCCUUCCCGAAGAGGUCCCGGCGGAUGUGAUUGCCAAACUGGAUGGCGAUUUUGAGACCUUGUUCAGCUCUGACGGCAAUGAGGCAGAAGGUCAAGCGGAAGGAGAUGGCCAGCCGCAGGAGCCUGCUGCUGCUGUCGCGCAGUCGCCCUCUGUGAGGUUUUCACCCCCCUUGACACGAAGAGGCACAAUCCGUAGGGGAGACCUUCUGCGUUCCAGCACCCGACAGUUGACGGCAGUACAAGGAGAAGACCAGCCCCUAGGAGAGUGGCUGCUUCCGGGUUAUGACGUGUACGUUGUCUCUCUUCAAGAGACCUUGGGGCAAACCAUCUUCAACACAGUAACGGUGUACCUAACGGCUGUCAAUGGAGUCUCCUACAAGAGAAUCAAGUUCUCGGAGGAUAAGCUCUCGGGCCUCGGCGAUGGCGCGUGGAUGCAAUUCAAGAGCACCAGUUUGGCCGUUUGGGCCAGAGAAGAUCUCGAGGGCGAGGGUAUGCCGGUCAGUCUAGUAAGCUCCAAGGCUGCAUCAGUCAGCUUCUUGUCUGGGAGCAAGGGAGGCGUAAGCGUCUGCUUGAAGAUAUGGAAUCAGUUUUUCUGCUUCAUUGGAUGCCACAUGCCGUCGACGUCUCCCGAGGAUCGGAGGAAAGCGCGAGCUGUGGUGGAGCAGCGCCUUUUGGAGUUUUAUGGCGGUGCGUCCAGCUGGAAUGAAGCAUUUCAUCAUGUCAUUUGGAUGGGAGACUUCAAUUUCAGAACUCAGCGCAUGACAGCGCAACGAGCAGUUACUCUACUAAAACAAUCUCUCAGGGGAUUGCUGAACUUUGAUGAGUGGAUGGGACAGAGUGGAGAGGAUAUGCGCGCUUCUGGUUUUACCGAGGCACCGAUUUGUUUUCCCCCUACCUACAAAAAGGCAGAUGGCCGACCUCCCGUCAACAUGGGUGAGCCUAAGUGGGUUGAACAGGAGUACCAAACUCAAAUGGUUACGCAGUGGUACAAGGGCUCAAGACUACAGGACCGAGUUCCUUCGGUAUGUGCGGAUUUCAGCACAAAAGUCUUCAAGUGCUCUCUCCCCGAGAUGUCCUCCCUCGUGCGCUUCCAGCCCAACGUGUACUUCUCCGCUCUGCCAAAGCGCCCUUCCUUUUUGAUUGCUAGCGACCACUCGCCGGUAGGUCUGGGUCUUGACUGCUAUCCACUGGAUAUGUCUUACAUUAUGCCUGAAGUAACAUCGCGUACUCUGGCAGCGAAGUAA